AUGUUUCUCUCAUCUCUCAUUCUCCUCGCAGGGAGUGCGGUGCUGGUCAUAGCGGACGGAUGCCACGGCGAUAACUUCCUCCGCGCCAUGGAGCGGCAUAACGGGACCAUGUACUGCUCCAUGCUCCUGGACUCUGGCGAGGCUACUGCAAGUCUCAGUCUACCUGAUGCUAUUCCGACGAUCCUUCCCUCCAAAACGGCGUCAACCUGCGGUUGGGGUGAAGUCACCGCCACAGUCCAAGUCACAGAGACGCAAGUUAGCACCAUCUACAUCUACAGCUCCGAGAUCCCAAACUCAACCAGCGCGCAGAGUCUUUCGUCGGUAAGCGAUGGCGACAGCGGUGAUCGUCCCGGCUCGCCUCCCACGACGAAGACUAUUACAGGUGAACCUACCGUCAGCUUGACUGGCAGCGCCACAUCCGUGAGCACCCUCAAUGGAACCAACCCGACAGCGGAAGAGUCUUCGUCCGCUGCUGCAACUUCACUUGCGCCGACAAGUAUCUCGGCAACCUCAACCUCAAGCUACGACUCAGCUUUCACGGGAAUCUCUGUCGUUGUAGCUCAGAACGCGACUUCAUGCUAUGCACUCCCCAUCCCGACCCUUUCACUCCACGAAUCUCUUCUAAACGCUACCGAUCGUACACCUCCGUAUAUUGAUGCAUUCUAUCUCAAUGAGAGUACACACUCCGUUCAAUACCUCCGUCUGAUAGACAACGCCACCAACCCAGUUCUCGUCGACGUCUCCGAUCCGUCAAAGCUUGGAAUCGUUGACAAAGCCGGCAAUGUGCUCUCCAUCGACAGCGAGGGCCUGCACUUCGCCUCCGUAAAUUGUUCACCCAAGAUUGACGUCUUCAUAUCUGGUUUCUUCCAGCAACUCAAUACCUUGACAAACUCUAGUUGCACAAACACCACUGAUAUUCCAGUCAACGGCACAAACUCAGGUCAUCUCCCCGUCUUCAAGGGGACCCUGGCUGAGAUGGCACAAGACGCAAUCGACGUGACCCUCCAUCUCAAAGACCAGUGCGGCAACCCUGCUCGCGCAGAUCUGCCGGUCUCAGUAGCUCUGGGCGAUACUCAAUGCAUCGUCUUCCCAGGUGCGACGGGAGACUUCGUCGCUAAUUGUGCAUUUCCUGGCAGUGGAAGCGAUUCUAUGGAAUGCGAGACAUCAGUCCAACAGACUCUAGAUCACUUGACGCAGGGUUCUUUGGUGGGAAGCUGCCCACCACUCACGUCAGUCUGGAGUCUGCUCUUUCAACAACUUGGCGGUGUCAUCAACGUCGACGAGCUCCUGCAACCCUUCAUUGACGCUGGGCUACAAUUUGGCUCUGAUGCUGGCCGAGGAAUUCUGGCAGUCAUUGACAGCUUUAUGAAUCUCUAUGACUUCUCGGCCGCAACCUUCAAGAACUCAAGUUCGGGCUCUGGGUCGGGGCAGGGUGAUAUCGUUGAGGGAUACGGGGUUACUACCAUCAAAACAGAAGUCUGCCGCUCCCUAAUCUCAACUGAGACGUUAAACCUCACUUUCACAGCUGGAACCUCUACAACCUCCAUUUCACUCGCAAACAUUACAAAUGUUCCUACCACGGGCUCAGAAUAUGAGCGCAACGUCACGGACCCGACAGCUUUGGCAUGCUGCCCGAAUGCAUAUGCGUGCGUCAUCCAAGAUGGAGAACGAUUUUACCCCCCCGAAGCCUCGAUUCCCAACUCUGAUUGCCUUUGCGGUAAGACGUUGGAUGGUGGCGGCAUUGGGUUCCGGACGGGGAGAUGCGUUGGGUAUGAUCAGUGCAACUCUACAUCUCCGUGUGCUGGAGGUGGAGUUUGUCUGGUUGACAACUGUUGCGGCUUCAAUGUCUGCCUGAAUGGGACAGAGUGUUCUGCUCCCAAGGCUAGUGGGAUGCGGGUGAAUCUAUUUGGAACGGAGACUUCUGGGGGUCUUUUCUAAUUCUUCAUUCGCGAUCAUAUUUCAUGUUCUCAUUGAGCUUAUUGAUUUUGCUUGACAUGUUAACCCGUCAAAGCUCAUCAGUUCUAUACAAUGCUAUGACCAAACAACAAAUCUGAUGUCGAGUCCAUCGCGUAGGUGAUCACGAAUAUGUCCUUGAUCCGUCCGGGUUAGCAGUCACACGUGAUAGCUCUUGUAGGUGGUUGUGACAAUCAAUUGCACUCAAACUGAGGUAGGACAACUAACUACACGCACGUCGAUAUAAGCUACUCUUUUGACACUCGACUGAUGCGCUAUUCGAGCCAUCGGGUUAGC